UGACCGAGAGUUACUUUUGGUUAUAUAGUAGUACUUUGUCGAAGUUGGGUGAGAGAGAAUUAUUCGUAACCUUCUUAACAAGAUUAAAUAAACUCGUUUAUUUAACAUAUUAGUAUAUUAUAAAUCACUAAUAUACUUAAUUAUAUAUACAUCUGUAUAUAUGGCUUCAUUUGAAGAAGUAGAUCAGCUGGACAGUGGUAUGGGUAGCAGCGACGUUCGUUCCCCCGAAGUUAAAUCUCUUCUUCCUAAUGAAGAAGAAGAUGAGGAGGAUGAAAGCUUUUCAGAGAGGUUAUUAGGACUUACCGAAAUGUUUCCUGAAAAUGUUCGCAAAAUUGGAUAUAAUGUUGGAUCUUGUAUGUGCACUUGUGUCAAAGGUUUAUAUUCAUUUUCAUGUUCGGCAACAUGGCUCUUGUUUAGUUCAUCCGCUAUUUUAUUUGCACCAGUGUUCUUUGAAGUAGAGCGUGCUCAAAUGGAAGAAGUUCAACGCGUUCAACAAAAACAGAUGCUACUUGGACCUAAUUCUGCCAUCUCUAAUGUUAGUGCCUCUGGUCUUCCAAUGGCUCCACCCGUUCAACGAUAAAUAAUUAUAAUUUGGCCACCAAAUAAAUGUGCAUUAACUUCUGCCAUUCAACUAUUUAUCAGCAUAAUAGUAUCAUUAAUCG